ACUGAGGAUGCACUGAUCAGCCCCGCACAGCGGCUCAAGGAGGCACAAGAGCCGGGGACAAUAAAGAAGGACGUUGCGCUCGGAGUCGCUAAAAAACGCUCUGUCUGAGGCUGCGGGAAACGCUCGGACUGCGCACAGGGGGGAUUCACAGGCAAAGCCCCAACAGCAUCAUCGCUGGGAGGUACAACAAAGACUUUCAUCAUUCCUGCCCGGGGCAAACGGAGUACAAACCUUAUUCCAUAACUACAGAACUGCCCUUGUAACCAUUAUCUACCCCAGGCUGGGGCAUUUACAGCUCAGAACUGACUCUAAGGAUUAUCUACCCCAGGCUGGGGCAUGUGGGGUAACAAGACUGUUGUCCCAAGUAUUCUCUACCCUAAUCUGGAGUAUUAUUAAACACAAAAAGGAUUAUUUACCCCACUCUGGGGUAUAUCGGACACAUGCAUUAUCUACCCCAGGUUAGGGAGAUAACAAAACUGACAGUUGCAAGACUUGGAUGGGGCAAAUGAAAAACAGACACCACUUAUCUGCCCCAGGGUGAGGUAUAUGACACCCAUAAGGAUUAUUUACCCCCAGUGGGGUGAUUACCUGUUGUACCCCGGAGAGAGCGAUAUAAAAAGACAGAACUAACUGCCCCAUGAAGGAGGGGUAUAUCACCCUAAGGAUUAUCUGACCUGGGCUGGGGAUAAAUAACGCUGUUGCCAUAAGGAUUUCCUGCCCCAGAAGAGUCGCAAAAACUGCCGCCUGGAUGAGACUGCGAUGGAAAGUGUCAAUUUAGCCGAAAGCGCAUAGAUACCGCGGGGUGAGGAACGUUACGCGCAGUUAAAGGGAAGUAGAUGGAUAACAAAGGCGCACGCCUGGGCAGGGAGUUGCCCCAACAAUAGCACCAGACACAAUGAGAGCUGCGCUAACCCUCAUCCCCUCCGGCCUCCUCCUGCUCCUCGUGGGGGGCAUGUUACUGAGCUGGAGGGAAGCCCACCCCAUUGAGCCCCCUGCUCAUCGAUCCCCCCGCUCUGUAAGAACUCAGGGGCCCCCCACAAUAGAGGCCACUUUCCAAUCUGUAGGUUCUUCUCCCUCUACAAAUGGAUAUAAAUCUGAAGAGAAGAGCGCAAGGUCUCCGACUGACUCGUCCCUGGAGCAGGGGAUCUUCUGGCCCCGGGCGCUGGAGCAAACCUUGCCCAUGGGGUUCCAGUUGGAGGCUGCGGAGCAGUGGCGGAACACGGCUCGCUCCGCAGGUAUUGUGUCUUUAGAGAGAGGCUGCGGGCGGAGCACUAACCGAUUGGCUACCCUGUCCGAUGGGAGCCGGGUGUGUGUGCGCUAUGGAAUCAACCCAGAACAAAUCCAGGGAGAGCUGCUGUCCUACUACUUGUCCCGCUUAUUGGGGCUCCGCGGGGUCCCGCCUUGUGUGCUCUCACGGGUGGGCAGCCCUCAAUGGGCUCCGGUACAAACAGAACUAGGGGCCACAGGAUGGACUCAAGGAGCCCUGGUGAGCUUUACACCCUGGGUGCACAAUUUAAGCUCAGUAUUGCCCCCUAUGGCUCUGCGCGCUGAGGAUGGAAAGCUCCGACCCCUGCGCAACGAGCUCAGCAAAGGUUCAGCCAACAUGCUGGAAUUGGCGCAAUGGGCAGACCUCAUUUUGUUUGAUUACUUGACUGCAAACUUUGACCGACUAGUGAGCAAUCUGUUCAGUCUGCAGUGGGAUCCACACAUUAUGCUGCGCGGUACCAAUAACCUGCACCGCACUCCAGAGGGGGCCCUGGUUCUGCUGGAUAACGAGGCUGGUUUUGCUCAUGGUUACAGACUUUUGGGUACCUGGGACAAAUACAACGAGCAACUGCUGGGCACAGUGUGCGUGUUCCGCAGGAGUGUGGCGCGUAAACUGCGGGAAACGCAUCUGGCGCGGAACGUUGCGCAGGAGCUGCAAGCGCUUUACCAACAGGAGGAGCCGCUGGCUGGGGAGCUCGGUCUCCUCUCUGAGGCCCAGGCUCAGAUUCUACAGGACAGGGUGGGACAGGUGUAUAAACACAUGCUAAGCUGUCAGGACAGGUACAGCUGAAUAGGGGGAGUGAGCGACCCCCCAAUAAACACCAGCCAUAGCCAGUGCCAUGCGCAUGAUGGAUUUUACUGGGACAUUUAUAUGUGUGGGGCACCAUGUGGUUAUUUGGGCAAAGUUUCCUAAAUUCUGCUCAAUAUGCUGUAUGGGAAUGGUAUUAAGGCUGUUCCUUUAAGGAGUAGUUGGUACAGGGAUGGCACUUAGCGGCUAGAGUGGAAUUAUGGAGGUUCCCACACUAGAUUACAACUGGGAAUGGUAGUUUGUGCUGGAAGCUUUGGGGUUUAUGGAUUUGAGCCAUUCAGGAAAGGUUUUAGGGGUCAUGGAGCUGGAUGAAUUCUGACCAAUCGCUGACCGCCAUUAAUUAUGAUGUGAAUUAAAGGGAAAGCUAUGCAGGGUGUUCGCCAGGGCAUGUCCACAUCAAGGACCAGCAUUUCCUGCGCAAUAAUCCAUGUCAUUUUCCCACACUCCCUAAGGCUGGGGUGGGAGAGGGUUAUAAAUAUGAAAUUAAAAUAGGACAUAAUAUAUUUAAAAAGGGGUGGUUGGUUUUUGGGGUGAGACCAAAUCCUUUUGGCAAGUUCAGAAAAUAUGGGUAACUGGUAGAACUGAGCUGUGAUUAGGGAAAGUUGGUUAGAAAUGUGUCCUGCUAGAUAAAACUAAAAGAUCUCAGCUGCCUCGGAACCCCUUGGGAAGCAGCAAUGCCAAGUCCAGUUCUGCUCCGAGAAACUGUCGUAAAGCGGCCGAUAAACAACAGCCUAAAUGUCAGAGGACUCCAAUGGUGUCACUUUGUUUUUAAAGGAGAAUUUUAUUCUAAAAUAAUUUGCAAUUGGCCCUUAAAAGGGGUGGUUCCCCUUUCAGCUAAUUUUAGUAUGUUAUAGAAUGGCUAAUUCUAAGCAACUUUCCAAUU